CUUAGGACCUACAGAGAAACACCUCCUUGAUUUCUCUUUACAAUGGAACUGAGAAAGUCGCCUGAUGGCGGAUGGGGCUGGGUGAUUGUGCUUGUCUCCUUCUUCACUCAGUUUUUGUGUUAUGGUUCCCCACUGGCUGUUGGAGUCUUGUAUGUAGAAUGGCUGGAUGCCUUUGGUGAAGGGAAAGGAAAAACAGCCUGGAUUGGAUCCCUGGCAAGUGGAGUUGGCUUGCUUGCAAGUCCUGUCUGCAGUCUCUGUGUCUCAUCUUUUGGAGCAAGGCCUGUCACAAUCUUCAGUGGCUUCAUGGUGGCUGGAGGCCUGAUGUUGAGCAGUUUUGCUCCCAAUAUCUAUUUUCUGUUUUUUUCUUAUGGCAUUGUUGUAGGUCUCGGAUGUGGUUUAUUAUACACUGCAACAGUGACCAUUACGUGCCAGUAUUUUGACAGUCGCCGAGGCCUUGCACUUGGCCUGAUUUCAACAGGUUCAAGUGUUGGCCUUUUUAUAUAUGCUGCUCUACAGAGGAUGCUGAUUGAGUUUUAUGGAUUGGAUGGAUGCUUACUGAUCGUGGGUGCUUUAGCUUUAAAUAUAUUAGCCUGUGGCAGUCUGAUGAGACCCCUCCAGUCUUCUGAUGGUCCUCUGCCUGAAAAAACAGCUCCAGAAAAUGUACCAGAUAGAUACUCCAUUUACAAUGAAAAAGAAAAGAACGUGGAAGAAAACAUAAACAUUCUCGACAGGAGCUGCUGUAGUGAGGAAAAACGCAAGAACACUUUAGCCAACGGUAAAUGGAAACAGGAGUGUCUACUUCAUAAAAACCCUGCAACGAUGGCACACACAAAAGAGCCUGAAACGUACAAAAAGAAAGUUGCAGAGCAGACAUAUUUUUGUAAACAACUUGCCAAGAGGAAGUGGCAGUUAUAUAAAAUCUACUGUGGAGAAACUGUGGCUCUUUUUAAGAACAAAGUCUUUUCAGCACUUUUCAUCGCUAUCUUACUCUUUGACAUUGGAGGUUUUCCACCUUCAUUACUUAUGGAAGAUGUAGCAAGAAGUUCAAAUGUUAAAGAAGAAGAGUUUAUUAUGCCUCUUAUUUCCAUUAUAGGCAUUAUGACAACCGUUGGUAAACUGCUUUUAGGGAUACUGGCUGACUUCAAGUGGAUUAAUACCUUAUAUCUUUAUGUAGCUACCUUAAUUAUCAUGGGUCUGGCCUUGUGCGCAAUUCCACUUGCCAAGAGUUAUGUCACAUUGGCAAUUCUUUCUGCGAUUCUAGGGUUUUUUACUGGUAAUUGGUCCAUCUUCCCAUAUGUGACCACGAAGACUGUGGGAAUUGAAAAAUUAGCCCAUGCCUAUGGGAUAUUAAUGUUCUUUGCUGGACUUGGAAAUAGCCUUGGACCACCCAUUGUUGGUUGGUUUUAUGACUGGACCCAGACCUAUGACAUUGCAUUUUAUUUCAGUGGCUUCUGCGUCCUGCUGGGAGGUUUCAUUCUGCUGCUGGCAGCCUUGCCCCCUUGGGAUACUUGCAACAAGCAACUCCCCAAACCAGCUCCAACUACUUUCUUGUACAAAGUUGCCUCGAAUGUCUAGAGGAAUAAUGGAGGACACUAUUUUUGCUGUUUUAUACCAUACAGCAAAAAUAUUUUAACAAAUUUUCUAGAGUCAAGACUAUUUUCUCAUAGCAAAAUUUCACUGUGGCUGACUCUGAAUGAUUUUUUAAAAAAUGUAUCCAAUUCUUUAUGUACUGUAUGUGUGACCUCUAUCUCAUGUAUUAUUUUUAGUCUUUUUCU